GUUGCAAGUAAAAAUCGAUCAUUUAUUAAUCCAUCUACUGACUAUAAUAUGGAUUUCUACUAUAAAGGAAUAUACUGCCACCAGAGGACGUAUUCAUGUACAAUUGUAUUCAUGGUAAAUAGUCUAAUGAACUGAUCAAGUUGAUAAUCGUCCUAACAAUACUAAGAAUCAUGGAUUAUGAAUUUAAACUAAAAACUGAUACAGAUCGAACGAAAGUCGAAGAUCUUUUUGAAUUCGAAGGAUGUAAAGUUGGAAGAGGAACUUAUGGGCAUGUCUAUAAAGCUCGCAGAAAGGAAGGAGUACCAGAUAGCGAAUUAAAAUCUCGACCAGACACAAAGGAUUUUGGCCUAAAGCAGAUUGAAGGUACAGGUCUUUCAAUGUCUGCAUGUCGAGAAAUUGCAUUACUUAGGGAACUAAAACAUGUAAAUGUGAUUACGUUAAUUAGAGUUUUUCUAUCACACAUUGAUCGCAAAGUAUGGUUACUAUUUGACUUUGCUGAACAUGAUUUAUGGCAUAUAAUAAAGUUUCAUAGAGCAGCAAAGGCUAAUAAAAAACCUGUUAUGGUACCAAAGGGUAUGGUAAAAUCUUUAUUAUAUCAAAUUCUAGAUGGUAUUCAUUAUUUACAUUCCAAUUGGGUGCUUCACAGAGACUUGAAACCAGCAAAUAUCUUAGUAAUGGGAGAAGGAAAUGAAAGGGGACGUGUAAAAAUUGCAGACAUGGGUUUUGCUAGAUUAUUCAAUGCCCCAUUAAAGCCUCUUGCAGACUUGGAUCCAGUUGUAGUGACAUUUUGGUAUAGAGCACCAGAAUUGCUUUUAGGUGCUAGACAUUACACAAAAGCUAUAGAUAUCUGGGCAAUUGGGUGUAUAUUUGCGGAGCUCUUAACUUCUGAACCUAUAUUUCAUUGUAGACAAGAAGAUAUUAAGACUAGCAAUCCGUAUCAUCAUGAUCAAUUAGAUAGGAUAUUCAAUGUGAUGGGAUUUCCUUUAGAAAAGGAUUGGGAAGAUAUUAAGAAAAUGCCAGAACACCCUACAUUAUUGAAAGACUUUAAAAGAUCAAACUAUGCAAAUUGUUCUCUUACAAAGUAUAUGGAUCGACAUAAAAUUAAACCCGAUAGUAAAGCGUUUAAUCUGCUUCAAAAACUGUUAAUGAUGGAUCCAAAUAAACGAAUAACUUCCGAACAUUCUAUGCAAGAUGCUUACUUCCAAGAAGAACCAUUGCCAACGCAAGAUAUAUUUGCCGGUUGCCCUAUUCCUUAUCCGAAACGGGAAUUCUUAACGGACGACGAUACAGAAGAAAAGACUGAAAACAAAGCACGGCAAAAUCAACAACAAACUCAGCAAAAUCAGCAACAACAAGGGAACGGCGAUCAUAAUCAUGGACAAAACGCAAAGCGGGUGAGACUCAAUGGUCCUCACGGGGCUCCAGAAUUUCAUCAACAUCAGAGUCACGCAAUGACCCAUCAACAGCCUCCAGGGAUGGUUUAUUCUACAGCACAACCAACGCAACCGUCAAAUUUUCAUCAACGCUUUUAAACGAUUUCGUUUAAACGAUUGAAUUCAUUGAUAGAGCAAUUAAAUUAUCAGUUUACUGAUUUAAUCGAUUUCUGUAUCAAUGAACAGACCAGCGACUCCUGUAUAUUCACAGUACGAUAAUAUAACUUUAUUUAUAUAUUGUA